CAUCAUGAAGAUGAGUAAGCUAUCCGCAGUAGCUGUUUACGGUUACUUGUUGACGUUUGUGUUGAGCAGUAAAGGUAAGAUUCAGAAUACAGUAAUUUGGUUCGCUUUAAUUUAUGUGGAAGAUUUUACUCAAGAGGACCAAUAAAUUCGAGGGUGUCAUUUAACAGUGCCACCGGAAAAUUCGAACAAGAUUUACAGAUGGAGGAGUUUAUAAACAGUGACAAGGGCCGGGUAACCGUCUACUCCAUUGAAGGCUGCCCGCACUGCCGGCAGGCUAAAGCUAUCCUGGCCCGUUUGGGAGUUCCGAUAUGUGACGUCGAUCUCAAUCAGCAUCCAGAGCUGCAGGCCCCUGUGAAGAAGCUGACGGGGCGGAUCUCAGUGCCUCAAAUAUUCUUCAACAACCUUUUUAUUGGGGGAAAUGAAAAACUGCAGAAAAUGACUCCAGAGGAGAUUCAAAAGUUGGUGAAGAUGGUCAAGGAAGAACCUCUUACAGGCGACGCUCCGCCGCUACCAAAGGGGAAACCGUCACAGAGUGCGGCUAUCGAUACUGAUCGUGGUGAAAAACUUGAGUGUGAGAAAGAUGGCUUGGCUGACCUGGUUGGGGAACUUAAAGAUUCCAAUUUGAUUGGCACUCAGAGAAAGGGGCUGUUUUUAUACAAGAAGAGCUUCUCCAAGGAUCAACUACUUGCCUGGCUACAGACCAACAAGGGCAUGGACCACGGUCAGGGCUUGGGCGUUGGCCACGAAAUGUUGCUGAAGAAGUACAUGGUCUGUGCCCGAGACCGUGAGGCGCUGGAUAGCAGAUUUGAAGCAGCCCGCGGGGACACGCUGUACAGGUUGCUGGAGGACGACCCGCAUUCAGCCCUCAACGCAGGACAAACGGCGUCCUGCGCUCCCAUCGAGGCUUCUGAAAUCUCCUUGCUUUUACGUGAGCUGAUUCUCAAGUUGUUCUCGGAGCAUCUCUCUGCUGACGGCAAGUCGGUGGACUACAAGGGGAUGUCUGCAAACCCUGCGUUUCAACGCUACUCAGAACUCGCCAUUCAGCUGCAGAGGGUCCAUCUGCGCUCGCUGUCCCGGGAGGAGACGCUGGCCUUCUUCAUCAACAUCUACAAUGCUUUGGUCAUCCACGGUUACCUCCGGAUGGGGGCCCCCACUAACAAAUGGCAGCGAUACAGAUUCUUCAACUACGUCAGCUAUCUGAUUGGAGGCGAAGUCUUCACCUUACAGGAUAUUGAAAACGGCGUUCUGAGAGGGAACAGGAAAGGUGUGGCGCAGCUCCGAAGACCCUUCUCCAAAACAGACCCCCGAUUACAAGUGGCGCUCAAAGAUGCUGAACCGCUCAUUCACUUUGCCUUGAACUGUGGCGCAAAAGGCUGCCCUCCCAUCAAGACCUACACACCGCAGGACAUUGACAGCCAGCUCCGUAGGGCAGCUGAGGCUUUCUUGGAGAACGACGACGCCUGCCUGGUGGAUUCGGAGAAAAAAGAAGUCCGACUCAGUCAGAUUUUCAAGUGGUACAAAGUCGACUUCGGAGGAACCGAUGAGAAGCUGCUGAAGUGGGUGCUGAAACACAUGGGCGAAUCCCCCAAGAAGACCAGCUUGAUGGGGGUCCUUUCUGGAGGGAAGACCAAAGUCAGCUUCCUCCCGUACGACUGGAGUUCCAACAGCAGUCACUGAAAAUGGGCUGCCAUUCUCUCAGUAGCUCUUUCAUGUUCUGACAAUGAGCCUCCCUUCCCUUCUUCCUCUCCUCUCUACUAUUUAUGCAAAACCUUUAUCGAUGGUAAGAGGGAACGAUUUGCACUUUUACAUCUAAUUGUACUGCUUUUUCAGGUGUUGCCCACGCAGUAUACUGUUGUGCGGCAAUGUAAUUGCACAUAUUUUAAUUCUAGACCUACCAUCUGCAUGGUAUUUAAUGAUUUUAAUGCAACAUCAGAAACUCAGGAGUCUUACAUAAAAUGGAUCAACGUAAAUUAAGCAGCCAAAUUUUCAGAAUUUUCUAACCAGGGUGGAACAUUUUAGGCCCCCCCACCCCCGAAAAUGCCGUUAAUGGCAAAUUAGCU